CCAAAACCUGUUGCUGGGCACCUAUUCUGUUCAUUCCACAGCGUUUAGUAGUGAUUAACAUUCAAGAUGUUUGAAGCACGUUUAGUCCAAAGCUCUAUUUUAAAGAAAAUUUUAGAAGCAAUCAAAGAAUUGCUAAAUGAAGCAACUUUUGAUUGUUCUGAUUCUGGUAUUCAACUUCAAGCUAUGGAUAAUUCUCAUGUGAGUCUGGUAUCUUUAAAUUUGAGGAGUGAUGGAUUUGAUAAAUAUAGAUGUGAUAGGAAUUUAUCAAUGGGCAUCAAUCUUACCAGUAUGUUGAAAAUUAUGAAGUGCGCUGGGAAUGACGAUGUCCUUACUAUCAAAGCUCAAGACAAUGCCGACACUGUGAUGUUCAUGUUUGAGUCUCAAAAUCAAGAGAGAGUUUCGGAUUAUGAAAUGAAAUUGAUGAACUUGGACCAGGAACAUCUUGGAAUACCUGAAAAAGAUUACUCUUGUAUCAUCAAAAUGCCAGCUGGUGAAUUAGCCAGAAUAUGCAAAGAUUUAGGACAAUUUGGUGAAUCAGUUGUAAUAGCUUGUUCAAAGGAAGGAGUCAAGUUCUCUGCAGUUGGUGAUGUAGGAUCAGCUAAUAUAAAACUUGCACAAACAUCUAAUGUUGAUAAAGAAGAAGAAGCGGUUACUAUUGAAAUGCAAGAACCUGUUACAUUAACAUUUGCUUGCAAAUACCUUAUUUCUUUCACCAAAGCUACACCUCUGGCUUCACAGGUGCAAUUGUCAAUGUCUGCUGAUGUUCCUUUAGUAGUCGAAUAUAAGAUUGGUGAAAUCGGCCAGAUCAGGUAUUAUUUGGCUCCCAAAAUUGAUGAAGAAGAUAAUUGAUCAAUUCUUUAUUUGCGGCUUUUUAUAUUGUACUAAUGGCGAUUUAUUCAUAUUUCGUUUGUAAAUAAAAUUCAAACAUGAGUUAGCUUUAAAACUUAGGAUUAUUGAAAGUAUUGGCCCUAGAAAAUAAAUGAAAAUAUAAUCAGUAGAUGGGAGCUUUUAUUUCUAAGCAAACGAUGUGAGAUUAAUUAGUUUGUUAUUUGUUAAUGCAUAAUUUUUUUAAUUAAAACAUUUUUCAAAA